AGCAGUAGACAGAGCAUGAGCCUUACAUCCAGACCUAUAAACUGGCAAUCUCAAACUGGAUCCACUGGUUGCCACUUUUAUCAUUAAGGAUUCUGAUUUCCCCCGAUUUGCCAAAGGGAUUUCUGUUUUUCGUCUGAGGAACGAGUUGGAAGUCUGUGUAUAAAGGCGAGUUGGUGAGAAGCCUGUGUAAUAGUCUACACAAGCACAUGGAGACUGACCUGGGCUGUACCACUGUCCUCAAGAACCUGUUUCUUAGUGGAAAUCCACCAUUGUGAGGCCCUGCUCAGGGAAGAGCUCCAGCAUCACUGCUCGUCACAUCAGCACACUGCUCUCCUGUUCAGGGAGCACAAGUUCCCUGUUGGAUGAGAAGAAGAAAAACAAUCAAGAAAGAAAAAAUAUCUUCAUGAGUGCCAGAAAAUCCUGAGAGUUAAAUAACACAUUGAGACGCAAGCAGCAAAAUGAUUUGUUUCCCUCUCCCAGCCAGCUGCCUGUUCCUGCUCCAUCUCCUCCUGGUUGGAUUGGGUCAAGCAAUGGAGGACGACGUCACACCACGCCUCCGUUUCUCUUACAAUGCAAACGAGAGGUCGGCCAAGAAAUUUUCACCUGAUGGAGUUUUCAAUUACACCUCUCUGCUCCUCAGUAAAGAGGAUAAAAUGCUGUAUGUUGGCGCUCGAGAGACUCUCUUUGCACUCAGUAUCACCGAUAUCAGCAGAACGCAGCUGCAGCGCAAUUUAACGUGGCACACACCACAGAAGAAGAGAGAUGAGUGCAGUUUCAAAGGGAAAGACUUACAGACUGACUGCUUCAAUUACAUCAAGAUUUUACUGCGAGUGAACAGCACUCAUCUCUAUGUGUGUGGAACAUAUGCUUUCAGCCCUAUCUGCGCAUACAUUAAUACUUCAGAUUUUUCACUGGUGCGCAGUGAAACGGGAGAGAUUGUCACAGAAGAUGGUCGAAGCCGGUGUCCUUUCAACCCUGAAUACAAGUCUACCGCUAUCAUGGCAGAUGGUGAGUUGUAUGCCGGCACAGUCAGUAACUUCCAAGGAAAUGAACCCAUCAUUUACAAAAGCCUUGGACAGGGCUCAGCCCUAAAGACUGAAAACUCACUGAACUGGCUUCAAGACCCAGCUUUUGUAGGCUCAGCCUACAUUCAGGAGAGUUUCCCCAAAGGCAAUGCAGUGGGCGAUGAUGAUAAGAUUUACUUCUUCUUCAGUGAAGCGGGAAAGGAGUUUGAUUUCUUUGACAACACCAUUGUGUCACGCAUCGCUCGCGUGUGUAAGGGUGAUAAAGGUGGAGAGAGGGUUCUUCAGAAGAAAUGGACAACCUUUCUAAAAGCCCAGCUUCUUUGUUCGCUUCCUGAUGAUGGCUUUCCCUUCAACAUCAUACAGGACAUGUUUGUACUGACCCCCAGCAAAGAGGACUGGAAGAAUACUGUGUUUUAUGGCGUCUUCACCUCUCAGUGGUACAAAGGUGCUUCAGGGAGUUCAGCUGUAUGUGCAUUCACCAUGGACCAGGUUGAAGAGGCAUUUAAUGGCCGUUACCGGGAAGUAAAUCGGGAGACGCAGCAGUGGUAUGCCUACAACCACCCAGUGCCAGAACCGAGACCUGGGGCGUGCAUCACCAAUGCUGCCCGUGCCCAAGGGAUCUCCUCUUCCCUGCACAUGCCUGAUAAAGUGCUGAAUUUUGUGAAAGACCACUUCCUCAUGGAUAGCGUUAUUCGCAGCCAGCCUCUGCUGCUCAAACGAAACGUGCGCUACACACAGCUUGCUGUGCACCGAGUUAAGGUUGUCCACAAGACCUACGAUGUGCUCUUCAUCGGCACAGAUGACGGCAGAAUUCACAAAGCUAUCAACGUUAAGAAUAAGAUGCACAUCAUUGAGGAGCUGGAGGUUUUCCCUGAGCCUCAGCCCGUACAACACAUUGAACUGGAUGAUGAGAAGGGGCUGUUGUUUGUGUCCAGCUAUUCUGGGUUGGUUGAAAUCCCUCUCGCCAACUGCUCCAACUACCAAAGCUGUGGAGAAUGUGUGUUGUCUAGAGAUCCUUACUGUGUCUGGACAGGGAAGCAGUGUUUAAAUUUCAGACAUGCUCCACUCAAGAGUCAGUGGCAACAAGAUGUAGAUGACGCCAACACUGGCAUGUGCAAAUUAACAAUACCUAGCCCCCGUUCUGCAAGACCACCUUCACCACGUGUGCAAUCAUGUCAAGUGAUACAAAUUCCAGCCAACACUUUUACGGUUCUACCUUGUAAGCUGCGUUCCAACUUGGCCGAGAGGCGAUGGGUGUACAGCAAUUCUGCAGAGCGAUUUGUCUACCCUAGUCCUGAAGGGGGGCUAGUGGUGGUUGCCCAAGUGGACAGGGAGGAAAUCUAUGAAUGUUGGUCUGAAGAAGAUGGAUACCAACAUCUUCUGGCCAAUUACUGUGUAAAAGCAGAGCCCGAAAGCACCACCCUGAUUGGACGGUCCCGGACACAGAUAGUGCCUCAGGGGGAGGCUAUUAUCCUUCCUGGAGAAACGUGGUCACCGCAGAAAACCAAAACUUACUGGAAUGAACUGAUUGUGGUAUGUGCCUUACUCGUCUUCUCCCUGGUGGUCCUGUCUCUGUUCGUGGCUUACCGGAACCGAGACCGGAUGAAGUCCAUGCUAAAGGAAAGUGAGUGCCCCAACAUGCAACAAAAGAAACCACGGAUUCCUGGAAAGCAUACGGAGAGCCUUCCGUUAAAUGGCAACAAUAUCCCGCCCUCUGUGUCUGACCACAAGGGCUACCAGACUCUCAAUGAUAACUACAUCUGCAGUACACCCACCCAUGACUGCUCCUCACCUGAGAACAGUAAGAGCUUCUCAGAAUCUGAGAGGAGACCACUGAACUUAAAGGAGAGCCACGUGGAGAUCUCGCCGACAUGCCCGCGGCCUCGGGUGCGACUGGGCUCAGAGAUUAAAGACUCCAUUGUUUAAGUCUAGAAAGAUGCCACUGAAACCGUGGUUUGGAAUGACUGUUAAUACUAGUGGCCUCUGACUGAACAGCACCAAGGGAGGGACAUACUGAAAUGUCUGGAAACAUACCAUCACUGGGUUUUAUUUUGCACUUUGUCCUCUCAUUUUGUCUUGGUGAUCUGUUCAUAAUUCUCAGUCACUGCCAAGUCUGUGAAGCACUCAGAGCCACAACGAGUGGGACGCAAGUCCUUUGCAGCUAUGCUAGAGUACGCUUAUGAUGGGCACUGAGUGACACUGAUCCAGUGGUUCCACAUGUACCUGCCCAGUCCGUCCUAAUUGUCCGGUGGCAUCUGUGUGAAAGCAAUAUGAUGCCCUCAGGGUUCAAUAACCUGUCAUGCUCCCAUCUCUUUCUGAAUCUGCUAUUUAGAGUUGGUUGUCCAGCAGAUGGAACCAGCAGUCGGUGAACAACUAAAUACUAAUUCAAACUUUAGUCUAUAACAAAGUCGAUUAUGAUUCUCUGCUAAACAUAGUGCCUGUAAUUAGAUGAUUAGCCUACAUUUAAUCAUUAAACAGAAUAUAAGGAAUAGUGGUACAUCAAAAGUUUUGAAAAAGCAAGAUGAUAUAUGCAAAAACCUUUACGCAGUAUAUCACCAUGACCUCAGCAAAUAGCAAGCAUACUGUACUAUGCAAAUCACUUAGAGGAAACUGAAUGGAGAUGCAUCAUGCAGAGAGCUAACAAACAGCACACAGCUGUCCUAGUACAAUAAGUGAUGCCACGUCCUCUGUAUUCUACACUGCUUUUUUAGAGAUACACAUUUAAUAAAGUAUUCAAGUGAGAUUGAGGGACAAUCGCAUAAGAGAUGAGCCCACAGUGGGGUUUUAGGAUGUGGAGGACUCCAAAGAAGGCGUGUUAGCAAUACCAUAAGUAUAUCCAAGGCUCAAACUAAGUUCUGAACAUAAGACACCAAAAUUUGAAAGCAGCGUCUAUCAGGCAGAUAUCUCAAUAUGCUUUUACUGCCACCCUCCAACCAAAAUCAGUUGCUAAUGGACCAGUGAUAUAGAGUAGACCUUCUAUGUAAUAGAUCAUUGAAGUUGUGGAUAAAACAGUAAAUUGAAUUUACGUAUCUUGAGAUUAUUUGCUGAUACAAAUUGGUGGUCUGUUGUGCCAAAAUUUUGAUUUAGUGAAAAAUUUUAGAUCUCUCAAAGUCUUGACUCAAAAGUGUACUUCUCUCUGAUUAAAAACACAGGUUGCCAUGUGGAAACUGAAGCUUUUAAAAUUCUAAUUAUGUAUUUACAUUUGGACAGAAUGGAAAUGUUCCUGUCCUCACUGGAUGCAAACACGUACAGUUAUGCGGUUAAGGCAUUACAUGCCAAUUUUAAGCUAAGUUAUGAGAUCUGUGCUCAAGAAGAAAUGUAGCGUGACCAGCAGAUUUGUUUUUUUGUUUUUUGUUUUUUCAUGACAAGUGCCAUGUUCACUGUAACACCUUAAGUCAAAGGCAGGCUAACAGAUGUUUUGGGUGGGAGCAAUGACAUAUGGAGUAUUGAAACAGUCCAUUAUAAAUAGUCAGUUGUAGUGGUUCAAUUUCAAAUUGGGCUUGGCACUAUAAAACAGUAAGUGGUUACAGAGUUAUGGGCAUGGAAAUAACAAAACAGGACACACAACUAUGUACAUUAAUGCAGCAUACAUCAGGAUCGCACACAAUGUCAGGAUCUAUGUAAAAAUGUAUAUUUAAGAACACACACAAAAGAUUUUUCCCGGAUCCUGUAUUACGAUUUUUACCACAUACACACACAAAAUCCCAAAGGCAAGCAUUAUAUAUUGCAACACCCAAGUGUGUAAUAUAUUUAAUUUCAUCACCAUUAAUCUUCAAAGAUCGUGCAGACAUUUGUACUGUGAAUGUAGUUAUGUGUUGUAUGAAAGUGUUCUAGAAAUAAGGUGUGUUUGACUUGAAAUGCAUCUUGAUUUGCCGAUCGUCAAGAUUUGCCAGAGAAGAGCCAUCAAGCCGGACACUUGCGCUUCUCGUCGUCUGCUGAACCUACCCCAGUCACGGUAGAUCACGCUAUGUUUGCUUUCUUUAUUGCAGACGAAGUCGCAGGACUGUUUCUAGGCAUUGGCGAACUAGGUGGUCACCAAAGAGGAGAACCCCCCCCACCCCCAACAGGGGCAGCAAUAGGGAUCUCGCCUAGGGUGCCAGAAUGGUCUGAAACAACCAAGUGGAGUUCAGAUAGACAGACAGAUGUUCUGACAGAUGUCAGAAACAUUGUUCAUUUGAAAAGGUUAUGUGCUGCUUAAUACAGUGCAUGUUGUUUGUAUAAGAAGAAAGUCCAAUAAAAGCCUGUAUUAUUUUAAUACCAAUAAAGGAGUUAGUAUUAGUAAUCAUUUUGAUUUUUUAUGAAUAAAAAUUAUAUGACUAUGACAAACAUAAUAUAGCAUGAUAUAAAUAUGAUGUACUGUUAUAAAAACGCAGAGUUGUGAGAGUUUUCUCUGACCUGGAGGUGUCAGAAUAAACACCAUGGUAAUGGCAUUCUACCACACUACUCUUAUUUCUGACAUAGCAGAAUUAGUCAAAGUAGAAUGUGAAGUACGCAAUUGCGAAUGCAGCCCAUGAAACAUGUAACCGCUGUCACGUUGUGAGUCUGGCCAAUGGUGAAUCAGCUGUGUCGUCAUUCAGAGCUUGUGCAGCUCCUCUGGAGCAACUGCAGAGGCUGCACCAGUCGGCUGCUCUCGAAUCGCUCCCGCAGUACUUUGAUGGCAUAUGUAAUGGUCACGCGGCAGUGGCACCGGUUCAAGUCGGGCAAAAUUUCUAACCAACAUGCACUGAUUCAAUUCCAGCGCUGAUCGGUCUGUGCAGCGCUGCAUGAAGUCGAACACACCAAUUCUUUCAUCUGAAACAUUGUGUCUUAUUUAAAUUUAUCAUAAAUGAUCUGACAAAGUAGCUGUGCAUUGGGCAUGCUGCUGAUGGACUAUGACUUUGAUCACAAAGUUGUAUAAUUACACUGAUCAGCCACAACAUUAAACCCACUGACAAGUGAAGUGAAUAAUAUUUAUUUUCUCGUUACAAUGGCACCUGUCAAGGGGUGGGAUAUAUUAGGCAGCAAGUGAACAGUCAGUUCUUGAAUUUCAUUUGUUGGAAGCAGGAAAAACGGGCAAGCGUAAGGAUUUGAGGGACUUUGACAAGGGCCAAAUUGUGAUGGCUUGAUGACUGGGUCAGAGAAUCUCCAAACGGCAGGUCUUAUGGGGUGUUCCCACCAGUAUGCAGUGGUUAUUAACUACCAAAAAUGGUCCAAGGAAGGACAACCGGUGAACCGGUGUUGUAUCGAAAUGUGUUCCCUGUCAGAAUCUGUUUCCUAGCCCCAAUAGGGUAUGGGGUUAUGGUUAGGGUUAGGGUAGGUAGUAAAGUGUAGGUUAUGUUAGGGUAGGUAGGAUAGGGUAGGAUAGGGAAGGGUUAAGCUUAGGUUUGUGCAUGGGGGAACAUAUUCUGACAGCAGAGAAUGUUACCGUCAGAUACUGUUCCUCCCAUACAGAUCUGCUGGGGGAAACAGAUCCCCACGGGAAAACCGAGUCCGACACAACACCGGCGACAGGGUCAUGGGCGCCCAAGGCUCAUUGAUGCGUGUGGGGAGCGAAGGCUAGCCCAUCUGGUCCGAUCCCACAGAAGAGCUACUGUAGCACAAAUUGCUGAAAAACGUAAUGCUGGCCAUGAUAGAAAGGUGUCAGAACACACAGUGCAUCGCAGCUUGCUGCAUAUGGGGCUGAGUAGCCGUAGAAUGGUCAGAGUGCCCAUGCUGACCCCGUCCACCAACGAAAGCACCUACAAUAGGCAUGUGAGCAUCGGAACUGGACCAUGGAGCAAUGGAAGAAGGUGGCCUGGUCUGAUGAAUCACGUUUUCUUUCAGAUCAUGUUGACGUCUGGGUGCGUGUGUGUUGUUUACCUGGGGAAGAGAUGGCAGCAGAAUGCACAAAGGGAAGAAGGCACAAGGGGGACCUACACGAUAUUAUGCAGGUGGUUUUAAUGUUGUGGCUGAUUGGUGUAUAUUGUGUCUUUAAGGGGAGGUAUUCCAAAGCUAUUAAUGUUAUAUUGGGAUUGGAUGAAAUAUAGGCAGCAUGUUGCUUUUUUUUUUUUUUUUUACCAGAAUGCAUUUCUUUUAUAUUUGCACAGAAUGUGGGAAAGGUUUAAAGGGAAGUUUCCGGGAAUGAAUGUUCUCUUGAAAAUUCUGUAGCUAGAUGGUUUUAUUAAUGCCUCCAAGCAACAUUUUGACAACCUAUUGUGACUCAAAGGUUGUGUGGAAAAACAAAUGUAAUCUUGUAGCCUUUUCGUGAAUCAAACACAUGUGAACAGAAAGCAAACCUCACAUGCAUGUCUGCUCUGAUGGACUACAUAGUAGAAUUACCUAUUUUCUUGUAAAGUCGCAAACCACUGUAUAUUGAAUGGUUGUCUGUGCAACAGUCCACUGCAAGAGUCUCCACUGUGCUAAUACUUACAAAGGUCUGCUAAUAUAUACAUCUAUCACACAUACAGAACACUUACCGAAUGUGUUUAAAGCACAAAAAAAAAAAAAAAAAAAAGAAUGAAAAAAAUUAUGUAUUUGUAAAAUGUAUGUAACUGUUUUACAUAUACACUGACCUCUGUUUGAAAAUCACUAUCACAAUUUCAUGCAAAAAUAAUUUAAAUUAGAAGUAAAUUUUCUCAUCCUUUUCAGCAACUCAUCACUAGUGUGCUGUUUUACAGAGUAGACAAUGUGAAACAUUCACUGUACAUCAGCUGCUACCUGCAAGCAGUAGAUUUAGUCACGUACAGAUAGUCAUAGUCACAUAUUUCUAUCUCUGACUCAGUGCUGAACUGACUCAGACAUGAGUUAUUGGACUGUAGUCUACUAUCGUAAAUGCUCAGAUACAUUCUUUAUAAUGCCACACCAAGAAGCCCUGACCUAUUGUAAGUUAAUGUCUUGUAAACUUUAAUGUAAAUGUGUAUUUGUACAUUUUGCUGCCAAUGUAAAGAAAAACCCUGUUGUGAAAUGUAUUUUUUGUAGUAUACAUCACUACUGUUUUUGUUGUUUUUAUUACAUUGUACAUAAGCACUUUAAUUUAAUUUUUUUUUUUAAAUAAAAUAAAUAAACCCAAGUUAUGA